CCAAUUAGCUUGUAGAUUUGUAUUGGUAAUUUGUACAAAACUGAUGGAUCAAUUUGCUGAAACUCUGGACAAAAUUGGCUCGUUUGGCAAGUACCAAGUUUUCAUCUGCGGAUUGUUAGCCUUUAGCACUGUCCCGAAUGGAUUUCUUGUUAUGGCGCCAGUGUUCACACAAAACACUCCGCAACAUUACUGCCGAAUCCCACAACUUGAAAAGCUAGCCACGCAGCAGAAUAUUUCGCGGGAUUCAACUGAAUACCAAACUUGGUUGGAUUUCAGUUUACCUUUGGAAAAGAAUAAGGAAGGGGUCUUUGCAAAGAGCCAAUGCAAGAGGUACAGCGACAUAGGUUUCACAUGGAAUGGAACGUCAGCAAUUCCAAUGCACACGAACAACAGUAACCGUGUUAUAUUGGAUUGCAACCAUGGAUGGGUAUAUGAAGGUGAUAGAACAACUCUUGCUACAGAGUGGGAUAUCGUGUGUGAUGAUGCAUGGCUCUUGCCUCUGACGACAACAUUAUAUAUGAUUGGGUUUUUAAUUGGGUCGUUUAUAAGUGGAAUCUUUUCGGACAGAUACGGCAGAAGGCCCACGUUCCUACUUGGUACUGUGGCAAUGUAUGCGUGCAUAGGAUUAAACAGCUUUUCUGUGAACAUUUACAUGUACAUGGCGACUUUUUUUGGAUGUGGUGUUACGGCACUGAUCAACUACAUGGCUGCAUUCGUUUUAGCAAGUGAAAUAAUCCAUGUUUCGAAGCGAUCCUUGAUCGGCAGUUUGGAAACUACUGGAUUUUCUGUCGGAUACAUGGUGCUAGUUCCAGCUGCCUACUUAAUAACCGACUGGCAAUGGCUCGUUAGAAUUCAAGUCAUUUUCGGGGUAAUCUUCAUACCCUAUUAUUGGUGGUUACCGGAGUCUCCUUUAUGGUUAAUGUGCUCGGGUAAGGUUGAGGAAGCGAUGGUAAUUAUGCGCAAAAUUGCAAAAAUCAACGGCAAGACAAUUGAAGACGACGAUUUAAAGAAGUCGUUGCUUCUGGUGAAAAGUGAUGAAAAAGAAAAGCCCCAAGAGAAAGCUGUUCAAAAAUUCACAUAUUUGGACAUGCUGAAACAUUCAAGUAUCCGUAAACGGUCCCUGGUUAUGUUCUACAUUUGGUUUAUGGUGUCCAUGGUUUACUACUGCAUCAGCCUGAAUACUUCCAAUCUGGGUGGAAACAAGUUUAUCAACUGUUUCGUAGCAGCAGCUGUUGAGAUUCCUUCUUAUGUUCUGUCCUGUUUUUCACUGGAAUUAGUUGGAAGACGUUGUGUGCUAUCAUUAUUCCUUUGCAUUAGUGCAAUUACACUUGGAAUUUCACCAUUUUUAAAAGCAGUUUCUGAAACUCUUAUGAUUGCGGGGGCGAUGACAAGCAAAUUCUUCAUUAGCGCGUGCUUCAAUAUCAGUUACUUAUUUUGCGGUGAACUUUUCCCAACUCUCAUGAGAAACAUGAGUAUUGGAGCGUCUUCUACUGCUGCAAGAGUUGGGUCUAUUGCUUCACCUUAUCUUAUUUUCUUAGGCCAGCAAACAAACUUCUAUUCUCCGUACCUCAUUAUGGCUUCAUUUGGUCUGUCGGCUGCGGGACUUUGCUUGCUUCUUCCAGAAACGAAAUCCAUUCCAUUGCCAGAGACGAUGGAAGAUGCUGAAGAAUUAGAAAGGUACACCAUAUGUUGUUCAAGCAGAAGCAGAAAAAAUAUGCCAACAACUUGUCAAAGUUCGGCUGUAUAAAAACGAGCUCGUUACCGUUUCACUGGCGAAUUUUAGAUUGCUAAAAACACAACACAUUACUAACAUAUUUUUGGCCAACAGAUUACCAACAUUUUUACCCAAUCUAUAGGUUUGAAAGUAAAAUGUUAAAAAGUAACAAAGUAAAAUUGCUUACAGUGUAUACUUUUAACUGCACCUAAAAAUAUUACGAAUAUAUCUAAUAAAUGAGGUGUGUAAU